AUGUCCAGGCCGCUGUACCACACGUACUACUCCCUGCAAAAAUCAUGGGAAUUGAGGCCCCGCUUGCACCUGGAUUGCCACCAACGCUUGACGCGAGCGAGAGACAUGUGUGCCAUGGCUCUGACCAGACCUUCUUCCUUCAUUUUUCAACGUCUACUCACCUUCGAUAAGAGGGUGUUUUCGAUCUUGAUCGCACUCGCGACCAGCCGCAGUGAUCUUCGGUGUUGGAAUGACGGUGAUACAGUCAGGAGAGAUCUUGGAGAGGAUGAAUCAGAGAAAACACUGCUCCUCGUCCUGUUCGCCGCCCACCUCUUCUGUAUCAACGACACCAGACUUCAGGGAACAUUGGACAAAAGUGCUCUUUAUGGCCUUCUGCAAUCCCCAGAAUCUCCGGCAGGACAUCGUCCGUCUUUCAACGAAUCUUUUCCGCUAAUGGCCGCACUCGACGACCAGCUCGGCGUGCCAUCGUCAAACUUGGUCACACUGCACAUUGCAUUCAACAAUAUCAAUAUGACUUCAAGUCGAUUUCUCGAACAUCUGGGACUCGGGGCGUCACCGUCCUAG